CGGUCUAAAUUUAGCAGCGUUCAGCUCACAAGUGGACACACUGUAGGUUACCACACGGAUUUCUUCUGUCAUGUUUUCCGACUAUUUUGGAAUUAAACUUAAGAAUAUAUUACAUUGAUAUUAACGCAAAAGAAAGAACUGUGGAACUGAAGGUCCUGGAGAAACUGGAACUUGAAAGGGCAAAAGAGAAAACCAGAUGUACUGUAAGGCUGAAUAGGACUCAGGUGAAACACGUAGUCUAGCUUAGUCAUAACAGAAGAAAGGGUGUUUACUUCAUGUGUCAGCCACUGAACAUUUGAAACAUAUUGAACAACAUUUCAACAUUUGAAAUAAUGGCACGUUUAAAGGUAUCACUUUUGGGAUUUCUCAUGCUUCUACUUCACGCAGCGCCCCACGCAGAGGCAGGAUGUGCUGAAGUGGACUCCAUGACGGAGGCAGUGGUCGGGGAAAGCUUCCUGCUGGGCUGCAUCUCCUGUAAGAAAAGGGAGGAAGUGGACGCGUCCACCUAUGUCGACUGGUUCUUCAGGCCCAUUGAAGAGGAGGGUUUUGUUCAAAUUUUCCACUAUGAGAAUCCCUUUCCUACCAUUCUGCAUGAGGACUUUGAAGGCCGUCUAGAAUGGCACGGCACCAAAGGAACAAGAGAUGUCCAGAUAGGUGCCAUUUUCAUUCACAAUGUCACCUUCAACGACACAGGAACUUUCCGCUGCACCAUGGAGCGCACUCUCUUCCUCCCUUAUGGUGAAGAGCAUGUCACCAUCAUUAAGGACGUGGAGCUGUCUGUUGUGGCUGUAGCCAAUCGGGAGCUGACGGCGGUGAUCGCGGAGAUCAUGAUGUAUGUGGUCAUUGUGGUUCUGCAGCUGUGGAUGAUCUUGGUGCUGAUCUACUGCUAUAAGAAGAUCUACGCAGAGGCCGAGGCCAGAGAGGCCCGCAGAGCACUGAAGGCUCAGAACAAAGGUUUGGAUGCAAAAGAUACGUGUGAUGGGGUACAUUUGGAGUAACUUUCUUGGGUGGGUGUAUCAUACCGAAAUGGCUACUGUGAAGUUUGUCAGUAACACGGUGCUGCAAGUCAUGAGGGUUGCAUGGCUGACACCAUAGGUCUUUGGGCACCAUUAAGUUCAGGAGGAUAUACUGAACGAGGUGCCUCUGGUGAUCAUGAGUUCUAAUAUCAUAACAUCUAAAGAUGUGUAUCAAGCAUGUCACAAACUGGCUCUAGAGCUGGCAUAAGGAAACACAAAAAAACCCAGAGUUGUCAGAUAAAUGCUAACAAUGAUCUUAUAA